CACUUAUCCAAUACGUACCAACCAUGAGCUUACCUGCUAUCUUUGAAAGAAUAUCAGACGCGCUGCGGGGAAAGGAGGGCAAGCUCCCUGAAAUCUUUCACAUCCUAGCGGAUUCCAAGAGUACACAGAAUGCGGAGGAAACAUGGCUUGCAGCUGCAAGAGCUGCGCUGAAGAACGGAGAACAUGAGCAAUGUAAGGGAAUCCUCGAGGCUUUCCUAGAGCAGGACCCGCACAACACCUCAGCAAAUUUACUUCUAUCAAGAGCAUGUCAGCAGCUCGGUACUGUGGAAGCUCUGGAAGAGAGUGUUGCGGUUGCAAGGUCAGCCCUAGCUCAAGCAUCGACGCCCGAAGAUUGCCUGCGCGCAGCCGUACAGCUGGCCGUGUCUCUGGGGAGCCGUGCGCGGGUGCACACCCGGCAGCAGGUGGAGCGCCAAAAGGACAGGACGGAAGCCCUGCAGCUCCUUUCCAGCGUCCUGGACCUCAACCCCGCAUCCUCCACCUCCAUCACCACCACAGCAACAGCCCCACAAGCAGCCCCCGACGCCUCCGCCCCCGGCCCCGCCACCACCGCCCACGCCCUCUACGUGCUGGCAUUGCUGCAGGCGGAGCAGGGCGCGGCGGGGCAGGCGGGGCAGGCGGCGCUGGGCAGCGCACGGGCGGCCCUGGCGGCGGCGCAGGCGGCCGGGCAGGCGCAGCUGACGGCGCUGAGCCUGGUACUGGUGGCGGCGCUGCUGUCUUCCAGGUGCCAGCACAAGCUAGCCCUCUCCGUCCUGUCCGCCGCGCCAACCUCCGCCUCCGCCGCCUCCUCCUCAACACCGUCCACCCCUGUCGCCGGCCCAGGACCCGCCUCCGCCGCCCCUGCCCCCUCCGCCACAUCCCCCUCAUCACCCACCGCCCUCUGGAGUGACGUGUGGGUUUGGCGGCUGCGUGCUCGAUUGCUGGCAGCGCAAUCCGACACCGCAGGCAGUCUAGCGGCGCUAGCGGCGGCCAAGAAGCUCCUUUCCGGCUGGCUCUGCUCCUCCUCCUCGUCCUCCUCCUCCGCACAGCCGGACCGUCGGGAAGGAAGUCCAACCGUCGCCCCGUCUUCGUCGCAUUCUCCGCCGGCGGGAGUAACCCGCACGGAAGUUGAAGAGGCGCUAGCCAGCGUGUGGUGCGAGCUGGCGACCUCCCUGGCGGCCAGCGGCCAGGCAGGGGAGGCGCUGGCAGCGGCGGACCAUGCGCUGGCGUUACGGCCCUGGGCCGCCGCCGUACGACAUGCGCUGGGUGCCGUACAUGAGGCGUUGGGGCGGUACGACGAGGCGGCGGCGGCGUACGGCGAGGCGUUGGCGCUUGACCCCAGCCAUGCACCGUCGUUGCUGCGGCAAGGCGCACUCCAGGCCCGGCGCGGAGGGCGACUGGACCUGGCCCUGGCUCGCGACACGCUGACGGAGGCGCUGCGCUACGAGCCCGCCUCCGCCGCCGCGUGGUUCCAGCUGGGCCGCGUGGCGGCGGCGCUGCAGCACCGGCAGGAGGCGGAGGGCCACAUGCUGACUGCCGUACAGCUGGCAAGUACGGCACCCGUCAUGGAGUACGGCGAGCUGCCACUGGCACCCCCGCAUGCGGAGUGAGGGGGCGGCGGGGUUUUGUGUGGGGUGCGGGGUUUGCAGGGAGAGCGCAGGGAAUUCGGAUGUCGGUGGGUUAUGUGGAUGCGUUUCAGUGAUGGCAGUCCUUGGCGCAGGAAGCUGUAUAUGACAGGUUUGUACAUAGCGAGCGGGAUUAGGAAAAAAGGACUCGCCACGGACGUGUGGGGCUGGGGGGCACUACUGUACGGCAGUGUGCCUUGGGCAGCAAGCGUGUAUCAUCGCCGAGGGCAGACAAGGUUCGGAUACGCCGUAUCAUAUAACAUCAGUGACAUCUGGGCGCCCUAGCUGUGUUGCAUCUAUGAGAGUCAACUUACAGCGCUGUGUCUUAGGUUGCUUCCUGCAAUCCGCGUGCAUACCCCGGUGCAACGCCAGCGCAUGGCAAGCGGCAUGUGUGCUUGAACCAGAGCGCACACUACCGGUUUUGACCGUAGCUUGGCUGUGGGUUGCAACAAACGUGCACGGUACGUAGGGGCAGGGGCUUACCAUAAAAAUUGCCUCACGGAGGUACGGUUUACGCCACGGCCUUGUAUUAUCCUUGCACGCAUCAUGUUGUUUGCCGGACCCCAAAUGUGUUACCUCCAC